AGACAACUGAUUACCUGGAGCCUCUCGUAGCAGCACACUUCGCGCUUCCUAUCCUCCUAGAAUAACGUAUGCGCCACGAGCGCAACCCCUCUGUUCAACCGAAGACUAUGAGCGGAUCAAGAUGCGCCUUUUGAGACGUAAGUCGAACGACGACUUUGAGCUAGCCACCUUCGAUGCCGAUGACCUUCCUCCGUACGCAAUUCUCUCUCAUACCUGGACUGACGACGAAGUCACAUAUGACGAGCUGAUAGCUGGGACCGGCAAGAACAAGGCUGGCUAUAACAAGAUUCGUUUCUGUGGAGAAAGAGCUACUGCAGAUAAUCUACAAUAUUUCUGGGUAGAUACCUGUUGUAUCGACAAAUCUAUCAACCAAGAGCUGCAGACGGCCAUUAAUUCUAUGUUUCGUUGGUAUCAGCGUGCAUCGAAGUGCUACGUAUACCUAUUAGAUGUCCAGGUUCCAGAAGAGGUUAUCGAUGCUCAGUCUUUCCGGAUAAUUUGGGCAGAUGCAUUUCGACGAAGCCGAUGGUUCACGCGAGGCUGGACGCUGCAGGAACUUUUAGCGCCGUCCACGGUGGAAUUCUUCUCUAAGGAUGGCAAGCCACUGGGCAGCAAAAUAUCAUUGGAGCUCGAAAUCCAUGGGAUCACGAAGUUGCCUGUUGGAGCGCUCAGAGGGCAGCAAAGUCUCUCUGAAUUUAGCGUCCCGGAACGAAUGAGCUGGGCAGCAAACCGUCAGACCACGUACAAAGAGGACAAAGUAUACUGCUUAUUAGGGAUUUUCGAUGUCUUUUUGCCACUUAUAUAUGGAGAGGGAGAAGAAUACGCUUCUCAACGUCUUAAAGAAGAGAUACAACGUCGUUCAGGGCGGAAGGAAUGGCGAGACAGGGAAGCGCUGCAGGAUCUGCCUGUGUCCUCGCCGUUACCUUUCUCUAGAAAUGAGUUCUUUGUUGGUCGGGAAGAUCAACUUCAAUCUCUCGAAAAGCUACUUUUUGGCCAGGAUUCUCACCAACGCGUAACAAUAUUCGGUCUAGGAGGCUGCGGAAAGUCGGCGCUGGCCCUUGAAUGUGCAUAUCGUGCGAUAAUAAAAGUCGCCAAGUAUCUGGUGUUCUGGGUGCCUGCCAUCAGCCAGCGGAGCUUUGAGCUUGCGUAUCGCGAUAUAGGUGUCCUCCUCCACCUACCGGGAAUUACGGAUGACAACACAGAUGUUAUGCGGCUUGUCAAGAAUAAACUAGACUUGGGCAGCUCGGGCGACUGGUUGAUGAUAAUUGAUAAUGCCGAUGAUGCCAGUGUUCUCCUGAGCGAGUUCGAUGGCGAUCCGAAAUCGCGCCGACUUAGCGACUAUCUUCCACGCAGCGAUAGAGGCAAGAUCAUCUUCACCACACGAAGCAGAAAGGCCGCGGAAAACCUGACACAGAGCAAUGUCAUCAAGCUUGGUGACAUGGACGGGACUGAAGCUAGGCAGCUAAUGGCACAGCAUUUGUCGGAGAAAGCGCUACUCAAGGACGAGGCAGCCGUUGACGAACUACUCGGGUUACUUGCGUAUCUGCCACUUGCUAUUGUUCAGGCCACCGCAUUCAUCAAUAGCAAUGGAAUUUCGAUGGCCGACUACAUCGCGUUGUUCAGAGAACCUAGUACGGAGGCCAGACUUUUUAGCAAGCAUUUUGAAGACCCCAGCAGGUAUCGAGAAAUGGAAAGCACUAUUGCUAAGACAUGGCAUAUCUCUUUUAACCAGAUUCUCAAGCAAGACCGACUUGCAGCGGACUACCUAUCCUUCAUGGCAUGCAUUGAUCGCGUAAAUAUUCCGCUGUCGCUGCUUCCUCCUGGAGACUCGCUACAACAAAUCGAAGCGAUUGGGACGCUGAAAGGGCAUGCUUUUAUUACAGAGCGCCAACGGCUUCCGCAACAGUUAAAAGGGGAGAAAUUCUUCGAUAUUCACCGACUUGUUCAGAUGGCUUCGAUGUGGUGGCUUCAGGAACAUGGCAAGUGGACGAUUUGGGCGAGUAAGGCAGCCGUGCGACUUGAGGAGCUCGUACCUUAUGGGGGGCAUGAAAGGAAAGAAGCAUGGACGGCGUACCUCUCUCACGCUGUCCACGUGGCCGGAUUUGAUGAUGCUCUGGACGAGACCGCGAAGGCUUCGCUCCGAGAUCGAGUGGGGCGAUGCCAGGAAAGCCUAGGACAGUAUUUGGCGGCAGAGACGACACAACGAGAAGUUCUUGCAUUUCGAACAAAGAGCCUAGGGAAGGAGCAUAUUGAUACACUUAUGAGUAUGAAUCAGGUGGGAGUAGCACUAGAUGGGCAAGGCAAGUACAAGGAGGCCGAAUCGAUGUACAGGCAGACGCUAGCGACCAGUGAGAGGGUGCUUGGUGUUGAGCAUCCAGACACGCUGACGACCAUGAACAACUUGGCGCUCGUGCUGGACAGCCAAGGCAAGCAGACGCUGGCGACGCGUGAGAAGGUGCUUGGUGUUGAGCAUCCAGACACGCUGACGAGCGUGUACUGCCUCGCUCAUCUUCUUGCAAGUCGGCAUCGUUACGAUGAAUCUACUGCGCUGUAUGAAAGAGCAUGCGCUGGGUACAAUGCCACUCUUGGGAAGGAUCAUCCAACUACUCGCGCAUGUCGCCAACACUAUUCACAGAUGCUCUCGUCUCAAGAGCAGGACCCGCUUGACGUUCCUCCAGACAUUCCACAGUGGCGUAAGCAGACAAACGGGCAAGGAUCAAGACUGUCACGUGGGCUCGCGAAGAUAGGCCUUAGACGUUCAAAGGACCAUACAUAA